CAGCCCAAGUUUAUCCAAGAUUUUAUCAGGUACACAACCUUAUAUAGUACAGUUGUACUUAUUCCUAGACUUAUUGUACAUAAUUCCAUAAGUAAAAUUGUACAAGUUUUUUUCAAUUUACAAUUGUCUUCCUAAAAAACCUAAAUUACUAAAAAAAUUUGGUUAAUUAAUUUUGAUUUAACAGAACACAAAAAGAAGGCAACUAUGACCUGAUAUCUGGUACUCGUUAUGUUGGCAGUGGUGGAGUUUAUGGCUGGGAUCUAAGAAGAAAACUGAUCAGGUAACUUAGCAUACCUACAUGCAGUGGUGUAACUUUACUUUUUUAACCCUCAGGGCAAGUUGGGCAUGAAAAUUAGUUGCCCAUCAGACAAUGGCCACUGGGGUACCUAGGUAGGGGGUAUAAAUUAAGGGGAAAACAUGACGACCCGUUCUCCCGGCCACCACCGCUCUACUGUAUAUGGCUAUACUGCCUCAGAUCUAGCCUUGGCCCACAAUAAACAACAUUUUAAUCGAGUACAUGCACUAUAAAAAAAUUGUCCGACAAUGAAAAACAUAAACUUAAAGAUGCAUGCCCAGCUUUUUUUGGCAAGCCAAUUUGCCCAAUCAGGCAAGCAAGAUAAAACGUUUACUUGCCCGUCUUGCUCUGCAAGUGUUAAGUUGUAAACACGUCUGACCUAGCUUCAUGAAAUUUUUAUCACUGCACAUCAUCCACAAAACUCCUAAAAGGACUAACCCAUUGAGUGGCAGCUGCACUCUCCCCUUGACAAGUAAAAUCAUCUGGUUUUAUACAGAGUAACUGAAUAAAGUUGGGUACGUACAUCAGGGCACACUGUUACUUAUAAAGGGUUAAUUAAGAAUUUAAUACUACAAUGGUUAUCAAUGUACAUUUUUACUACUAAAAUGAGAUAUAAUUGUUUCCUCUAGCUUUGAUCAAACUUCUUAAGUAAAAAAAAAGUAUUUGAUGUUUUUAGUCGAGUUGCAAAUUACAUCACUCAAGUUUUGUUGCGACCUGGUGCUUCAGAUCUUACUGGAAGCUUUAGGUAAUGUAUGUUUAGAAUACACAAGAUAACAGAUUGUCUCAGAAACCUUUGGAGGUUUUUCUUCAGGGAUGAGUUUUAGAGACACAUAUGAAACAUUUACUGCAUUUUCAUUGAACACAGAGAUGGGCUUUUCAACAACAAAAAAUAUUACACUACUAGUGAGAAACUUGUCUGUUAAUCAUUUAAGGACUGCCUACUGUAACUCCAGCCUAUCAUUUUAACAAUAUAUUCCAUCCUGUUUUUCAUAGACUUUACAAAAAAGAAGUGCUUUCAGAUCUGGUCAACUCGUGUGAGUCUAAGGGAUUUGUCUUUCAGAUGGAAAUGAUCAUACGUGCCAGACAAUUGGGUUAUACAAUUGGGGAGGUAAGUUCUUUAUAAACACUCUGUCC